AUGAAGUUCGCCCUCGUCGCCCUCCUCUUCGUCGGCCUCGGCGCCGCCUCGGCCCACGUCAACCGCCUGCCGCUGCCGAAGGCCAUCCAGGCCCUGCACCCGGAGCUGCUCGCCGAGCCGCUCUUCGAGCACGAGCGCAUCGUCGGCGGCGUGAACGCCGUCGCCGGCGAGGCCAAGCACCAGAUCGGCCUCUUCCGCUCCGGCUCCUUCAGCUGCGGCGGCUCGCUGAUCCAGCCCAACGUCGUCCUCACCGCCGCCCACUGCGUCGACGGCAGCGAGACCCGGCCCUCCAUCUUCACCAUCCGCUACGGCAGCCUGAAGCAGACCGGCGGCACGCUGGUGAACGUGAAGAAGAUCAACAAGCACGAGAAGUACUCGAGCAGCACCAUCGACAACGACGUCGCCAUCCUCGUCCUCUCCGCCUCGAUCAGCCCCUCCGACAACGCCGGCAUCAUCAGCCUGACGGCCAGCGCCCCCGCCGCCGGCACCAAGGUCACCGUGACCGGCUGGGGCCGCACCAGCGCCGGCGGCUCGCUGCCCGCCGACCUGAAGAAGGCCGACCAGCUGGUGGUGAAGAGCCAGCAGGACUGCCAGUCGGCCUGGGGCAGUGUCAACGCCAUCACCGCGCAGAUGCUCUGCGCCCACGACAAGCAGCAGUCGGCCUGCAACGGUGACUCCGGCGGCCCGCUCACCCUCAACGGCGUCCUCGUCGGUGUCGUCAGCUGGGGCUCCUCCCAGUGCCGACACGACGUCUACCCGAACGUGUACGCCAACGUCGCCACCCUGCGCACCUGGAUCCUCAACAACCAGUCUUAA